CAAUUAACGAACGAGUAGUUUUACGUGGAGAAACCAAAACCCUAAAGUUCAUCAAUCAUUUAAAUUUAGUUCAGUGAACUGAUUCAAUGGUAAGAAAGACGAUUUACGAGAGUAAGGAUAAGAAAGGAACGAAGGAAAAGGACAGAAGUACGGCCUCAGUCGUACUUUCAAUGAUGGACAAGAAACGUGAUUGUAAAGGAGCCUCAUCAAGUUCUAGUGCGCGUAAAACCAACUCCUGUCCAAAGUUACAACCGUAUUAUGAAGACAUAGAUCUCCCUCCCCCUUACGAUGAUUAUGAUGAUGAAGACGAAGAAGUAACAGAUUCGUCUAGUCGCAACGAAGGAAGAAGGGAAAGUCAUGAAAUACAUGUUACCGAUAGUAGAGACUCUACGAAACUUAAUAAAAAGAAAAAGACGAAUACUGCUAAUAAGCAGGAGAAACAAGAGCCUUUAAAAGAUGGUCGUGAUGCAUUUAGUGUCACAAUUGGUAGACGAGUUUCGGUUCUUGAGCAUGGUAAAGAUGAAGCUGCUAAUGCAAAUGUAAAGGACAUAACAGUAAAUAAUUUCUCGGUUUCAGCUCCCGGGAAACAGUUGUUGAAGAAUGCAUCUUUGACAAUCUCGCACGGAAAGAGGUAUGGUUUGGUGGGACCCAAUGGCACAGGGAAGUCCACACUUUUAAAGCUUUUGGCAUGGAGGGAAAUACCUGUGCCCAAAAAUAUAGAUAUACUAAUGGUGGAGCAGGAGAUAGUUGCCGAUGACAGGACCGUCAUUGAUGCUGUAGUUUCAGCAAAUGAAAAGCUCAUUAGUUCGAAAAAAGAGUUUGAUACAUUAACGAAUGAUGAAAAAGGUGAUGUAGAUAAUGUUAAGAAAGCCGAGAAAUUGUAUGAAGAGUUGCAAAUCAUGGGCGCAGAUUCUGCUGUAGCUCGAGCCUCAAAGAUUCUUGCAGGUUUAGGUUUUACUAGUGUUAUGCAAAACGACAAAACGAAGUCAUUUAGUGGUGGAUGGAGGAUGAGAAUUUCAUUGGCACAAGCACUUUUUGUGGAACCGACUCUGCUAUUAUUGGAUGAGCCAACUAAUCAUCUUGAUCUUAGAGCAGUUCUCUGGUUAGAGGAGUACUUGUGCAGUUGGAAGAACACUCUUGUAGUCGUCUCUCAUAAUCGAGACUUUUUAAACACAGUCUGCAAUGAAAUAAUUCAUCUUGAUGUUUUAAAACUUGAGAGUUAUAGUGGAAAUUAUGAUAAUUUUGAGAAUUCGUUCAAGCAGAAGAAAAAAGUGCAGAAUAAGGAUUUUGACAUUUAUGAAAAAAAACUUGAAGCCGAAAAGAGAAAUGGGAACCAGAAACAACUGGAGAAAGUAAAAGAAAACUAUAUGAAGAGAAGUAAAGGAAACAAAAAACUUGAUGAAAAUGACCAGUUUCCAGAGGAACCAAAUAAAAGGAAAGACUACGUGGUUCAGUUUCAUUUUCACAGACCUACUGAAUUGAGACGGCCAUUGUUAAAGCUUGAUAAUGUGAGCUUUAGUUAUCCACGAAGAGACUUCAAGCUUUCUAAUGUGGAUGUUGGGAUCGAUAUGGGUACACGUGUGGCUAUAGUUGGACCCAAUGGGGCUGGAAAAUCAACAUUGUUGAAGCUUCUUGAUGGAAAGCUGAAUCCAACUGAAGGUGAAGUAUGGAGGAGUCCGAUGUUGAAAAUUGGGAGAUACUCGCAGCAUUUUCAUGAUCUUUUGACGAUGGAAGAAACACCUGUUCAGUAUCUUCUCCGACUUUAUCCAAAUCAGGAGGGUUGCAGUAAGCAAGAGCCUAUUCGUGCAGAGCUUAGUAAAUUUGGGCUUAAGAAGGAUCAAAACAAGAGAAUUGCUGAGUUAUCUGGUGGGCAGAAGGCUCGUGUUGUGUUUACAUCGAUCUCAUUAUCCCGACCGCACAUUCUGCUUCUAGAUGAGCCCACAAAUCAUUUGGACAUGCAGAGCAUUGAUGCACUGGCUGAUGCACUCAAAGAAUUUAAAGGCGGUGUUGUUCUUAUUAGUCAUGAUUCUAAAUUGAUAUCAAGUGUUUGCGAGGAUGAUGAAAAGAGUGAAAUCUGGGAAGUUGAUAAUGGAAGCGUGAUUCCAUUCGAUGGUACUUUUGAGGAAUAUAAAAGGAAGCUCCUGAAGGAAAUUAGAGAUGAAAUCGAUGAUUAACACUACAUCUCUGUAAUAUUA